AUGGCUUCUGUCAUUCGUCGAAUACGGCGAACGAACAAGAAGGCCGCGAAAUAUCGAUUUACUGCCACUUUGGAGGAACUUCUAAUAGUUGGUUCUGAGAAAUGGAAACCAAGUACAGUCACCGUCUCAUUUAUGCACAGGCGAAGGAAAAUAAGUUCAAAGGAAAGAAAAUGGGAAGAAUCGUUUUCAAAUCCAGACCAGACUGUAAUUAUGUGGCCAGAGCAGGCAGCCGAACAUAUUGAUAUCUUGACCACCCUUUACAAAUCACAACAUGAAGACCAAUACGAUGAUAAGGAAUGGACAAUUGUUGUGGAAGAGGUGACCUCUAAAGGCAGACGGAGGCCUAUAGCUGCCGUAUCCCUCAACAUUCGACUCUUUAUUAUGGAUUUUCCCGAACAGAAGUCUGAGCUCAAAUUGAAACUCCGACCGCUCACUCCUCAAUUGAAGCAGUGCAAUUUAGUAUUGCUGCUUUCAAGUCAACUGCUCAAAGAGGGAUUGUGA